AUGGACAUUCAAAUCACAUUGGGACUAAUCACUUUGUUUUUCACCAAAGCACUGGCACUCAAAUGCUAUGAGUAUUAUGGACCGGUACCUAAUGAAUACAGUUACACAAAUCCGUGUCCAGAUCGGUGUGGUAGCGUCACUGCCAGCCUAAGCACAAAUGGUAUACAGGUAGACUAUAGUAUACAUACUUGUAUACCACCCACACUGUGUAUUAGUGGCAGGGUGAACGUUGGGCUUUUGAAAUUGACCGCUAAUUCCAAAUGCUGCGACACUGAUCAGUGCAACAAGCAAGUGGUCCCAGCUUUACCAAACCAGCCUCCUAAUGGGAAGAAGUGUUGCAAUACCAGAGACUGCUCAGAUACUGUGAACUGUGAAGGAGAUGAAGACCACUGCUUUAGCGCAACAGUGGUUUUGUACAGCGUUAAUGCAACCGUGAGUGGAUGUGCAACCAAGAGUGUGUGUGAAGGCCUUUUACCACUCAUGCAUACAACAAAUGUAAUAACGGAUGUGAAGUGCUGUGAGGGGGAUCUGUGUAACAGUACUGGCAGCUUACACUGA